AUGGAGAAACAACUUUGUGUGAUGGUUUUACUCUUAACUGAAGUGUUUACGAUAAUAUAUGGAGACAUUAUACAGCUGAACCCAGUUGUAUCAGUUCAUGAAGGAGAUCCUAUGGUUUUGUCCUGCUUUAUUACAACAAAACAAACAAGUACGACACUGUGGUACAAGCAAGUCACUGGAGAAGAACCACGUCUCAUUGUUUCCUCUAUUCUCCAUUCAUCAAAAAGCCAAUUUCAUAAUGAAUUUGACAGCAACCAUUUUGAUGUGUUAAGAGGGACUGAUAGUUUUAAUCUGACAAUUGUGAACACUGUACAAUCAGAUUGGGGCACGUACUACUGUGCUUUCUCUUUCUCUAAUAUCAUUAAAUUCGGAAAUGGCACUCAUCUGGUUAUUAAAGGAGCAAAAAUCAGCAAACCCAUGAGUCUAAAGCUGCCCAAGAUUGAAUUAGUUAAAUCAGGGGUAAAUGUUCCUCUGCAAUGUUCAAUCCAAAAUGAGUUUGAAAGAGGUGGAGGUGAACAUCGUCUCUACUGGUUCAAACACGGAUCAGGAGAAUCUCCUCCAGGAUCCAUUUAUGUUCAUGGAAACACAAGUGAUGGAUGUGUGGGGAGAUCUGAAGAUGACUGUCUGUCACCGACCUGCAUGUACAACCUCCCAAAGAAAAAGUUCAGUUCCUCACAAACGGGAACUUACUGUGCACUGGCCGCAUGUGGGGAGAUUUUAUUUGGAAACAUAUCUAAACACAAUCCUGACUUCAAGAGCCAGAACACAGACUUAUUCUUUGUAGUUGGCCUUACGGUGCUCCUGACAUCAAACAUUACCAUCAAUAUUCUUCUGUGUUGCAUGAGUAGAAAUGAGACUAUUAAUGCAACAGAAAGCAAUUGUAAGCAAAUCCAGACUACUGAUGAUGAUGUGUCAGUAACUGAGUAUGAGGAAGUGAACUUUUGGUCUUCACCCGUCAUCGCCAAAUGCUCAAAGAGUUCAAAGAAACACCAGCUUUAA